GCGGAAAAGAGCCUGCACGUGGAGCUGAAGGAAAUGCCCAUAUUCUCCCUGCUGAUAAACGAAAAAAAGGAAAUUUUGUCCAGCUCAUACAACCACACGAAUGAGUCGAAAAAUGGAAGCAGGCACUGUGAACUCAUAGCAAUAGAUAAAUAUCUUUAUGGAGAGGAUUACGAGGGUAUGAAAAAUAGGAACUUAAUUGAAUGCUUUAAUAAUUGUGAAAAUGGAGUAGAGAGGUCUCUAGCGAGAUAUUUUUCAAAGUUGGAUAUGUGCAAGGGGGGUAGAUUAGCUGACCCUUCUUUUGGGAUAGAAGACGACUUGGUGGUUAGAGAACGACCCGUGGGAACUAGUACUGAGCAGUUAAGUGAAGAGAAAAAAAACGAAAUAAAGCACAAGUUAGAAAAUCUUCGAAAAUGCUGCAUCGUUGUGACAU